AAUCCCAGCGGCCAGUCAUUUAAGCCUUCUUUGUCAGACUCGUGUGCAGCAGAAAACCAUAGUAGUGGAGUUCACCACAGUUCUCUGAAGAGAGCAGAGCUAUUCAAAACACACCUUCAGAUAGGCUACAUUUCUCUCUGGAACUGUAUCUCAGCCCUUCAACUUGAGGACUAUGGAUUUGACCUCUGGAAUAGAGAAGAUGUGGUCAGCAGCUCUAGUAGGGAAGGGUGCAACGUGUCUGUCAUGUAAAGGGAUCUGCUCUGGAUUCCUCCCACAUUCCUGGAGAAAAGCCUGUACCCAGUGUGGCUGCAGUGUGGAGGACCACGGUCACAGCUCAGACCUAGAGGACGAUCACAAGAUGGGUUGUCUCCUCGCCGACUCCAAAUACGUCCACCUGACAGCCAAGGUGAAGGGCAUCCGGGUGUACAAACGUAACCGCAUGGUCAUCACUAACCCUGUCGUCUCGAAGAAGGACCCCACCUUCAACACCAUCACCUACGACUGGGCCCCACCAGGACUCACACAGAAACUGGCAAUGCUGUAUAUGGAGUUGCUCCCAGAAGAAAAGCGUCCUGUCGCAGGGACUGAGGGAGCGAUGUACCGGCGCAGGCAGCUGAUGAGACAGCUACCUGUCUACGAUCAGGACCCCUCCCAGUGCCACGGGCCACUACCAGAGGAUCAGCUCCAGGCCAUGUCUGUCUUCAUGAAGCGCUAUAAGGAGGAGGCUCUAGGAGUAGGGGAGGUGGCGCUGCCUGGGGAGGGAGGCGCUAACCCUCCGCCCGUCGUCAAGGGAGAUAAGCAGAAGAACGGAACUGGGAAUGGGCAGGCCACCAAUGUCCAGCCAGACCCUGUUGAUACGCCUGCCACCAAUGGGACUGACUGCUGUAAAAGUGAAUAUCAUUGCAGUGGUUGCGGGGAACUCGCCCCCCUGACAGUCCUGUGGUGUAUGCAGAGUGGGGCGGGCUACAUGACAAGCAGUGGCACCCGACCUGCUUCGUGUGUUCAGAGUGUGUGGAGAGGCCUGGUGGAUCUAGUCGUACUACUGAAGGGAGGGAGAGCUGCUCUGUGGAAGACACUACUGCCAGAGGACCGACCUCGCUGUUUCAGGAUGUGAUGAGCUGAUCUUCUGUGAGGACUACAAGAAGGGGGCAGAUGGCCGGGCGUGGCACCAGGACCAUUACUGCUGCUGGCAGUGUGGACAGAGUCUGGACAGCCCCUGUUCCUGCCCCCAAACACCCAGCCCCAGCCCUGUUUAGGCCCUCCACCACCCAGCCCCAGCCCUGUUUAGGCCCUCCACCACCCAGCCCCAUGCCUGUUUAGGCCCUCCACCACCCAGCCCCAUGCCUGUUUAGGCCCUCCACCACCCAGCCCCAUGCCUGUUUAGGCCCUCCACCACCCAGCCGUAACCAAGAUCGCUUCUGACUGUUCCUGUCCCCAAACACCAAGACCGGUUUAAGACAGGCCCAUGCGCUUUACACCAAACACCAAGACCGGUUUAAGACAGGCCCAUGCGCUUUACACCAAACACCAAGACCGGUUUAGACCCCCGUUUACCCAUCCACCAGCAAACCCAUUACACCAAGGCUGGCCAUCUUCUAGAGAUAAAAAUCACAUAAUAUGAUAAUGAUUUAUUACAUAACAUAUCAUUCUGUGUCACUGGGCCAACCCUUCUCUCGGGGACCUACAGUACCGCUGCAGGAUUUCCAUUCAUUUCCCUUAUAAACCGUUUAAUAAAGUCUUCAGUGAUUGGUUGUGAA